AUGUCCACAUUCCUUGAGGCUUGUAAAGAGUACUGUGUUUCCCGCAGCAGUGAUAAAGUGCUCUGCAGAUGGCUUUGUGGAAGUGCGGCGGCUGUUGCUGUGGCUUUACUCACCGCUCCUUCACGAGAAUCCGCAAUGGCAAGAGUGAAUAGCACAAAAAGAGAAAUACCUGUUGUUAAGCAGAAAGAAGAAGAAGAAGAAGAAAAAGAAGAUAAAGAGGAUAAAGGUGGUAAAUAUGAGGAAGAGUUUAAUAAAAGAAAAUACAGUAAUACAUCUAUAUCUAGUUUUAAACGUUUUCUUUUUCUCUUGCGUUUGGCGUUUCCUUCUCUCCGAUCACAGGAAAGUGGAAUGUUACUCAUUGUCUCCGUACUACUCCUAUUGAGAACAUAUCUUUCUUUGCGUAUUUCUCGUAUAAGUGGAAAACUAAGCAGAGAUGUUAUUUCUUGUGAUCCCGCAUCUUUAGUCAAAUCUCUUAUUGUUUUUUUUAUGUGGUGUAUUCCAACAGCCCUUACAAAUAGUUCAAUACGUUUCUGUAUGGAUACACUUUCAUUACAAUUACAAUUAAAUGUAACUCGUUAUUUUCAUGAAAAAUACUUGGAUAAUAAAGUUUUCUUUCAUCUUGCGGGUUCACAUGAUGUGGAAGAAGUGGACCAACGCAUCACACAAGAUAUUGAUCAAUGGUCACGCAAUGUAACAAGUCUUUACACUUCAUUAUUUAAACCUAUUGUAGACAUUAUUUUAUUCUCCUACCGAGUGAUAUUAGUUGGCGGCGCUCGCAGUCCAUUACUUGUUUUUGCCUACUACAAUACCUUUGCAGCUAUUGCGUAUGUGUUAUCCCCUAAUAUUGAAGAAAUGGUAGAUGAACAAUUAGCACGAAAUGGGGCUCUUGUGACUGCUCAUCAACGUCUUAUUCCAUUUGCAGAGGAAGUUGUGAUGACAGGAGGACAAACUUUUCAUGAAGAUCUUAUGAACCGUUAUCUUUCUUCUAUUGUACGAUAUGAUCAGUGGGCAUCCUUUGUUCGCAGUCGUUAUGCCCUUAUAGAGACUAUCUUUUUAAAAUACGGAUCUUCUGUUCUUGGUUACGCGAUUUGUGGAGCUGCUGUAUUCUCAAAAAAUACAGAAGGUAUGUCUGCAGUGGAACUCACUGGUAUUUUUGUGGAAACUUCUUAUUUAUUUAGAAAUUUAGCCCUCGCUGUUGGAGAUUUACUGAAGAGUGUAAAGAAGUGUUUCGUUUUAAGAGCUUUGAGUAAUCGUGUAUAUGCGCUUCAAGAAGGUAUUUUACGAGCAACAGCAGAAGUAAAUAAGAUUAAUAAUAGUAAUAAUGGUAGUGGUAGUGGUGAAAUUGCACGUGGAGAACACAUUGAAUUUGAAAAUGUUUCUCUUAUAUUACCAACAAGAGAAGUACUUUGUAAAGGAUUAUCCUUCUAUGUGAAGCCUGGAAUGAAUCUUCUCAUUGUAGGACCAAAUGGUUGUGGAAAAUCAUCCACUGUACGUUUAUUGGGAGGUCUUUGGCCUCUGGAAAGUGGUCGUAUUAUUAAACCACGUAAUGAUCAGAUUUAUUAUGUUCCGCAAAGGCCUUAUAUGUCUAGUGGGACCUUACGUGAUCAAAUCACAUAUCCACAACUAAGCUCAGAGAUUGGUGUAAGUGAAUCUACAUUACUGGAUUGUUUAGAGAAGGCUAUGGUAGAUGAUAUAUUGCUUAAACCUAAUAUCACAUUGGAUUCUAGACUCUCUUGGGCAGAUGAUACAUUAUCUAUGGGUGAGAAACAGAAAAUUGCCAUGGCUCGAUUAUUCUUUCACCGUCCACGAUUUGCUAUUUUGGAUGAGUGUAGUAGUAUGAUGGAUUUGGAGGUGGAGGAGCAAUUGUAUAGUAUGUGUCGUCAAUUGGGUAUCUCCCUUAUCACUAUAGCCCAUCGUCGGUCUGUAUGGAGACAUCAUAACUGGAUUCUUCGCUUUGAUGGGGAAGGGGGAUUUAUGUUUUCGCCCAUUUCAUUUGAGGAGGAUGGUAAUAUUGUACUUACACGUGUCGUGUAUGCAUCCGACCCAUCAUUACUUCAAACAACAGUGCGACUCGACCUUUCACAAUACAAUGAGUAA